UAUAUUUUUCUUUUAUUGUAGUUUUAGCAAACUAGCUAAAUUUAUUUAUGAAGCUAACCAGCUAAAGCAGAUGCCGCUAAUAUUUGCUCGCAAAAUUGUUUUAGCUGCAUACCAAGCUUAGGCGCGAUAAGAACAGCUGAUUAGAUAUUUUCGGUGCAUCGUAAGUGAAAGCAUAGGCGGCCGUUAGUGUUUAGAUACGUUACAAAUUCACCAUUCCAACUUUCACACGCAUUUACAAAAUGAGUGCUACCAGUCCACUUGUAAUGCGAGUGCUCGCUCUGUCCCUAAAUACCGCUAAAAGAGCCGGCGGUAUUAUACGUGAUGUACUUAAUAAAGGUGAUCUUGGCAUAGUGGAUAAGGGUGUGAAUGAUCCACAAACUGAGGCGGAUCGUUCUGCGCAACGCUGUAUCAUUGCUUCACUGAAUAGACAAUUUCCCAGCAUUAAGAUAAUUGGCGAAGAAGGUGGAUCCGAUUUGAAUGUGUGUGAUGAUUGGUUGGUCAAAGAAUUCGACGAAACGCUGGUGCAGCAGAGCUGCCCGAUAGCAUGGCGUGAUGCUCAGCCCGAAGAUUUUGUUAUAUGGGUGGAUCCACUAGAUGGCACAGCGGAGUUCACCAAAGGCUUUGUGGAGCACGUAACUGUGCUAAUUGGCAUAGCCAUCAAGAAUACUGCUGUGGGCGGCAUUAUACAUCAGCCUUUUUACAAACAGGCAAACGGUGAACUGGGACGCACCAUUUGGGGACUUAAAGGACUUGGAACAGGUGGUUUUACCUCAAAAGCAGCGCCAGCUGAAGAAUUUAUUAUAACUACUACACGCUCGCAUUCGAACGCGCUGCAUCAGCAGGCCGUAGAUGCAUUCAAUGCCACCAAUGUGAUUAAAGUGGGUGGCGCCGGCUACAAGGUACUGCAGUUACUAGAGGGCAAGGCACAUGCCUAUGUAUUUGCCACGCCCGGGUGCAAAAAAUGGGACACCUGCGCACCUGAGGCUGUGCUAGAGGCAGAGGGCGGCAGCCUAACUAACAUCAAUGGCGAGCACUACGAAUAUCAUGCCGCUGUCGAGCAUGUGAAUCGACGUGGUGUGCUCGCCAGCAUGAACCAGAAACACGAACAGUUGGUGGAUAAGAUACCACUAGCCGUACGAGAGGCAGUAGGCAAAUAGUUGGGCUUUACAAUUUACUGAUGUUUAUUAGUUGAUUAUAGCGCUAAAGUAAACAAAUACAUAAAUAAAGUUAUAACAGUGGGAAAAACGUUGCAGCAAGCUG